ACGGCACACUUGACCAUCUCCCACGGCACACUAGUGUGCCGCGGCACACUGGUUGAAAAACACUGAUCUAGUAGUUGCUCCUCCACAAAAGCACUCGUCACCAUGGUAACCCCCAAGCAACAGCACGGCCUCUUCUCUCUCUCUGUCUGUCUUUUUAUCUUGGGAGCAAAUGCCUUUGGAACCACAUGAGGGGUCCUCUUUGUCUCUUCUCUGGAUGGACGAGGGUUCUGCAUCAACAAGGUUUGCUUUCUGUUUAGUGAGGAUAAGGUCCACAGGAAUUAAAGAAAUGUAAAGACAGGAUUAUUACACACAAACAAAACCUUUUGGUUAUUUUAUCCCAAUACUGUAGCUGAGAUCUUUGAACAAAAGCAUAAAGACAGAUAUCCUAAAAGCCCUUCCAUAAUAAGACCUGCUGGAUGUGGGACUCUAACCGGAUCAGAAAAGAGAAAUAGCAUGGAACUUUUGCAGCAUCUGCCCGUCCGUCCAGCCUGCCGUCAAGAAUGCCACACCGUCCUGAUUUUGCCAUGCUCUCACACCAUGUGUAGCAGGUGUGUGGCAGCUGGAGGAGCAACAGGAUCGUGCUGCCGUGAAGCUCUGCUCUCUGUCUGCUCCAUUCUAUGCCCCUGCUGUAGACGCUAUGUGGAGCUGCCAUGCUGGAGCUGGGGAUGUGCCACUUCCUGUCUUCCUAAACAUCCUUCCAUAAAGUCUGAGCAUGUCAGCAGACAGAUGGGCUUCUCAGAUGACUCACCUGAAGAUUGCCCUCACCAUGCAAAGGAAGGUGCAGCCCACGCCCGCUCCGAUUUCAAUCCGUUAAAAUCCACAUCUGUGGUGGAUUCUGGAAAACAGUCCUCAUUUGCCAAUUCCGCGGAGACGACACUAGAUGGCGCUGUAGAGCUGCAGGAGAAGGAAAUGGAGCAGUCCGUCUUUGGCCUGUUUUUCUCUUUGGACCCUUCAUCUGUGCCUCCAUCCCUCCACCUCUCCAGUUCCUGCCUCACAGUGAGCCACCAUGGAGACAGUCCUCUGCAGGGCCGCACGCGCCUUCGGCCAGGUGUGCUCUGAUGUUGUGAUCGCACGCGGACAGUACUACUGGGAGGUGGACGUGUGCAACAGCUCCAUCUACCGGCUCGGUAAAUCCGGGAUUUGGUUUUGGUUGUCGCCAGUUUCCUCCGAAUUGCAGAGAGCUGCGCUGUUAGGCACCAAAGCCUGGUAUUUUUGUUAGAACUGAGAGACUUUUCCAGCAGAAUUCAGAACAAGGAAGUGAAGACUUUAACCAUUUCUGAUUGGUCAGACCGAUGACAUGUGAUUAAAAUCCCAAGACUGAUUGGUGGAGACAGUUAAAGGGGCGGACAUUUUCCUAACACAGCGGAAGCUGCGGCUAAAUCGCGGUACUGUCAUCCUUAUAAAAUGUAUUUUAUAGAAUCAAAUAAACACAAAGAAAAAAGUAUUUUACGAUUUUUCAUA